UCUAAAUUCACUAUCAAAUCUUUAUUCUGUUUAGAUACUCGCAUAAUAUUUAUCGUAAAGAUAAUUAUUUAUAUAAUUUAUAAAGCCGUAAACUCUUUUUUUACGUGAUUUUGAUCUUUAAAAGUUUAAAAGAAAAAUGGCCACAAACGAAACAAUGACAUCUUGCACGGAAUCUACAAACAUGAAUGACGUGAUACUGGACAUUCCGACAGAUUCCGAGGAACACGGGAAACAUGAAGAACAUGAGCAACACUCCGAUGUCUGCCGCAUCAAUAUGCAAGAAAUUGUUUUGAACGUUUCUGAACUACCGAAUGGCAAACAAGCACCAGAAAAUUAUGCAGAUGUAGUUCAACGAUUGCGAGAUACAUUUCAAAGAGGAAAAUCAAAACCGAUAGAAUGGAGAAUCAAGCAAUUAAAACAGGCUUUACGUAUGAUAACGGAAACUAGCUCGGAUAUUGUAGCAGCGUUAGCAACAGAUUUGCGUAGGAGUAAAUUUGAAACGUGCAUAGCAGAAAUCGAUUAUAUGAUCGGAGAGAUCAAAUAUAUCCUCAUGCAUAUUAAAGAAUGGUCGGCAACAGAUAAGCCGUCCAAAGGAUUGGCGAAUUUUUUCGAUUCGGUGGAAAUUCGAAAGGAUCCUUAUGGAGUUGUAUUAGUCAUGGGUGCGUGGAAUUAUCCUCUUCAGUUAAGUUUACUACCUAUGAUAGGUGCCAUAAUAGCUGGAAAUUGUGUGAUUUUGAAGCCCUCCGAGGUAGCAGCGACCACGGCGAAAUAUUUGUACGAAACUAUUCCAAAAUAUUUAGAUAUGGAAUGUUGUCAUGUAGUAUUAGGAGGAAUCCAGGAAACAACAGAGCUACUCAAUCAACGUUUCGAUUAUAUUUUUUAUACCGGAUCCUCUAUGGUAGGAAAAAUCGUACGGAAUGCUGCCAAUAAAUACCUCACACCUGUUACGUUAGAGUUGGGCGGUAAAAGUCCUGUAUAUAUAGAUAACACAGUGGAUAUGUGGAUGGCAGCAAAACGUAUUUUAUGGGGCAAGUGUCUAAAUGUCGGUCAAACUUGUAUUGCGCCUGAUUAUAUUUUGUGUACAAUCGAGGUGCAGAAUAAAUUUGUCGAAGAAGCUAAAAAAGUUCUAAAAGAAUGGUAUGGCGAAAAUGCGCAAGAAAGUCCCGAUUUGGCACGCAUAAUCACAGAGAAACAUUAUCAGCGACUUGUCAGUUAUUUAAACGGUAAUGGCAAAAUUGCCGUUGGUGGCGAUACAAAUCCUGCAGAGAGAUAUAUCUCACCUACAAUACUCAUUAAUGUUAAACCAACGGACCCUAUUAUGCAGGAUGAAAUAUUUGGACCGAUAUUACCUAUAAUAAAUGUUGCUAAUGCAUAUGAAGCAAUUGAAUUCAUUAAUAAACGUGAAAGACCACUCGUACUGUACAUCUUUACCAUGAGCAAGAGGGUACAAGAUCUAAUUAUAAACCAGACUUCCAGCGGAGCCGUAUGCAUCAAUGACACGGUAUUGCAAUAUGUCGUUGAGACUCUACCUUUUGGAGGGGUAGGAAAUUCUGGUAUGGGAGCCUAUCAUGGAAAAUAUACAUAUGACACAUUUACGCAUAAAAAGGGUUGCUUGAUCCGCAAUUACAAUAAAAUUGCAGAGAUGUUGGUAAAGAACCGUUAUCCACCAUAUUCUGAUAAAAAACUGAUGUUGCUGAGAUAUUUCCUUGAAAAAAGAUCAGGAAUACCUGGCAUAAAAUAUUUGCCAUACAUAUUGAUGUUUGGCCUUGGAGUACUUGCCACAAUUGGUCUCAAGACUGUAUUGAAGGUACAAAAACAAAUAUCUAAUUAAAUUCUUUACAAACAACAUUAUAAAUAAGUAUCUGCUUUAAUUAUAUACAAUUCAUAUCAUAUCAUUUAUGUUAUAUGGAAGCAAUAACAAAAAUAAGCACUAUAUAUAUAUAUAUAUAUAUAUAUAUAUAUAUAUAUAUAUAUAUAUAUAUAAUGUUAUAAAACUAUGUAUUGAAUAAAACAUUUAUUUAAUCAGUGGCAUAGUUAUAAGUAGAAACUGGCAUUCAUGGAUAAAGAAAAAUGCAGAUAAAAUCAUGAUUUUUAAAAUAUGGCUUUCAGAGAGAGAGAGAGAGAGAGAGAGAGAGAAAGAAUAUAAAAUAAAUGUUAAUAUUAAUUUGUUUUUUUAGUUUGAUUGCUUGUGCAAAAAAAUUGUAUGUACUGUGUAUGUGUUUAUAAGUUUACAUAUAUAGUUAUUUCUUAGAAUUUUGUAUCUCUCUGAAUAUAAAUAACAUUAAGUGUUUGUGCAUUAAGUAGACAAGUGUUUGGUAACGUUCAAUGAUAAUGAUUUAUGCUACAUCAUUGCUAUAGUUCAUCAUUGUUAUAGUAUCAUGAUAAUAUUAUUUGAAAAUUAAGUUCUAUAGUAAGAUACAACUAUCUUAAAUGUGUCAAUAGCAAAAUAUUCUCGACAAUCAUUUUUCAAAGAGAAAGGAAAAAAGAACAUAUGCGAAUAUUUUUGCAGGAUAUUAACAUGGAUGACCAGUAACAUAACAAUACCAUGCAACGUUUCAGAAACAAAAUGUUUUAGUUAUUUAACAUUACUUAUAGCAUGUUUGAGGCAUUUUUUAAGGUUUAUAUCGCACUAUGCAUUUUAAAAUUAAUCUUAUAAUUCAACGUAAAAACUUUUGUUAUAAUAGUUAUGGUUUUAUAUAUAUGUACACAUGUUAUAUAUUACAUUAGUUUCACAUUGUACAAAUAUAUCUGAUUCCUUUGUGGAUUUUUAUGGAGAAAAUGAUUGUAUUGAUAAAAAUAAAUAAAUUUUUUGAUGGGAUAA